UGUAAGAUUUCUAUUUUCCCCAAUUUAGGGUUUCUCUCUCAUUCCUCUCUUCAAUUUCUUCUUUCUUCUAUCUUCUCUCGGACGCCACUUUGCGAAUUCCUUUCUUCCUAUCCUUUUUUCUACGAUUAUAUUAACUCAAUCUUCCCUUCCCCUUGCAAUCCUCAGGCCUAUCUGUUGACGAGACAAAAAAAUUAAAAAAAUUAAAAAAAAAGAAAGAGAGAGUAGGGAUUUCCUUUUGUAUUUUUUGUUCUGUGGAUAAAUUCGAUUCUGUUAUUCGUUCUCUCAUCAUAUUCUAGCUGUUGGUUUUUUAGAGAGAUUAAUGUCAAUUGCUUUAUUAUGCAAGAAACUCUGUGAAGUUUUUGGUGCUUUGUUUUAGUUUGCCAUCCGAAAUCGAGGGUUUUCUUGUUAGAUCUCAGCCAGGGCCACAGUUUUUUUUAUUUUUUUUUUGUGGUUUUCAUAUUUUUUUUUCUUUUUCUUCUUGUUCUGGUGUCCUUCCUUUUCUGGGAAGGAGAAGAAAAAGAAAGGACCUCGAGAAAAAAAUUAGGGUUUGGUUAUUGGUUUAGGGUUGUGUACAUACAUAGGUAGAUAGAUACAUGCGAUGGCGUUGAAUUUCUCGCAUCGACCGAUUUUUUCUGAGGAUAAUUUGGUGUCGUCGAUGAGGAUGGGGAUUCCGGAGAAGAGCGGUGUUGAUAAUUGCUAUGAUUACGGAAGAGAUAGGUGUGAUAGGGGUGGUGGUGGUGCGACUCACGAUGACAUUGUCGAUCUUUUGCCUUCGGAUCCCUUCGGCAUGGACAUCAGCACCACCUUCACGGCCAUCACCGGGUGGCUUGAGGAUUUGGAGGUUGAUUAUGGUGGUUAUAGAAGGGAUGAGCUUGGGGCGAGUGAUGACAAUUACCAGCUUUUUGCUGGGUUGAAUUUCAUUUGGAACAAUGCUAUGAGGUUCCAUGCGUGUGUUGAGGAGAAGAUGGGGUUUGGCGAGUGUAGUUCUCUGAGUGACGAUGGAGCUGCUGCUGCAUCGAGCAAUUUUGGGGUUGGAUCUGCUUCUGAUGCUGAUUUAUCGGGUUUGCCUGCUACUAGCGGGUCGGGUGAUGUUUUUAGACGGGGUGAUGACGACCUUGAAGGAGGAGGUGGGGGUGAUGAAUCUGGUCCUCACCCUGCCUUGAGUUAUUCUCUUGGUUAUCUGGGAUUGUCUGAUCUUCUUGUUGUCGAAAGAGUUUGUAAGUUUCUGCAUUCCACGGUUCAUGAUGAUCCGCUUUUGUGGAGGAGUAUCCACGUCGAUCAGCCUUUGAAUGAGAGGAUAACUGACGAUGUUCUUUUCCGAUUGGCUAACAGGGCUCAAGGUAAUCUUCAGUGCUUGAGCCUUGUUGAAUGUACCAGGAUAACUGAUGAUGGUUUGAGGCGGGUUCUUGAAAGCAAUCCCAAAUUAACCAAGUUGAGUGUCCCUGGAUGUACAAGACUCAGUAUUGAGGGUAUUGUGGGUAUGCUAAAAGCCUACAACUCUGUGGGUCCCCAAGGGGUGAAGCAUUUAUACAUAGGAGGUCUUUAUGGUGUUACACUAAAGCAUUUUGAGGAGUUGAGGUUCUUGUUGGGUGCUGAUAGCUGGCAGCAGAUGCGGCAGUCUCAUAAACCUCACUUCUAUCGCAGGGGAAAUUUGUAUCUGUCCUUUAAUGAUGAUCGAGCCAUGGAUAUUGAAGUUUGUCCACGAUGCCAGAAUUUGAGGCUUGUAUAUGAUUGUCCGGCAGAGAGUUGUCAAGGGACGGGACACACCACUCAGAUGUGCAGGGCAUGCACUCUAUGCAUACCCCGGUGUAGUCAGUGUGGCCACUGUAUCAAUGACAGUGAAUAUGAGGAAACAUUUUGUUUGGAAUUGCUUUGCUCUUCUUGUUCUAAGCAGCUAGUCAAAUGUUCAGAUGGAAAGGCUGGACCAGCUAAGUCAGUUAUUAUUCAUGAACAAAGCUACCGGAGUGCAACCUGCAGGAAUGAACUUGAUUGCCAUGAUUAUUGAACACGUAUUGCACACUAUGGAUUAUCAGUUAUAUUGUGAUUAAGAGGUUAUGAGGGCUGCAGUUGGGUGUUGUGCUUUGCAACGUUGCAUUCGGAUAACAGUUGUGAUUGGCUCGGAUGCAUAACCGGUGGGAACACUCUGAUCUUUAGACUUUGGUUAUUUUUUCAUUUGCUGUAUUGAAUAAUUGACUAUUGCUAUGUUGUGGUGUUCGUACCCUGUUUUAUUUUCUUUUCUUCCAUCCUUGGAGGAGAAAAAUAAGGAAAGUGGUAUUAUGAUGUCAUUAAAUCCACGCUUAUGUCACUUUCAGCAUUAGCUUGUAUCAAAUGAAAUGCAUUUAUGGUGGACUUGGACUUGAAAAUGAAUGCUAUUUAUUAUGUACUUAAG